UAUCCUAUAAUCUACCCCCCUCCACCAGCAGCCAUCUUCCCUAUCCCUCUAGGGUCUAACAUAAAGAAUUCUUUAGGAAUAUUAUCUUUAGGCUUAAAGAGAAAACGUAUAGUUAUAGAUAAUAGCAGUAAUACAGGCCGCUCCUACACUAGGGUAUUAAGUACAUCUAACUUUAAUAAUAAUAUAAAGGCGCAGUAUUAUAAAGCAAGUCCCACGGAUAUCUACUAUAUUAUUAGCAGUAGAGAUAAUACUAUAAGUGACGGAUAUGUCCUACUAUAUAAACAUAUCAGGAUCACUAGAGACAUUAGAGAGUUAAAGGGGCUAGGAUUUCUUAGGAAAUUCGAGAUGAUCUAUAAUAAUUAUAAGAUGCGUAUAGUAAAGCAUUAA